UUUACUGUAGGAACCCUCUGUGCUACCAGAGCUACUUCCUCCGGGCACCCAAAGAAGGAAACCCAUAAUUACGGCUUUUUCAUCUGCUCCCCAACCUAGGCACCAAAGGCAGGUUGUCAACCCAGCUAUCUGCCACCCGGGCAACAGCAGGAAGGCCCUGAGUAGGCAGGCAGCCCAAACAUUGGUCCAUGUGCCAGCUAUGGGCUGAGCUCAGGCCGCGUUCACCAGCCAUGUAACUCUACAAGUACUGACCCUGGUCUGGGCUUUCCUUCCAGCUCCCAAACAUCCCCAGACCCCAGACCAAGCUCUGCCCCUGUCUCCCAGGUGGUCCAGAUGGAGGAGGAACUGCUUGGGAAGAAUCAGCUGGGCGCGCGUGCGCGCAUGCGUGCGUGUGCGUGUGCGUGUGCGUGUGUGUCCCAUUCCAUUCCCAGGGCAGGAUGGGAGCACACCUGGGCCACAGUUACUCUGGAAGCGACUUUUAGAGAGCGCCUUGACCUGCAGACUCACAGGCCCCAUUUAGUUGUUCAGUUUGGUAUCCAGUGCAAUUUUUAAAACGUAAAGGGGAGGGGUGUGGCCCAGGCCCACAAAGCCUGAUGACAGUUGCACAUCUAUUUUCUGGACAUUCUCUCUCUGGGCUUUCUCUGAACUGAAUCGCCACAGGCUGGCGACCUCCCUCCUCAGGGCAGUCCGCUCUUUAGAACCAGGGCUAGCCAAAUAAGAGCCCCAGGGUCUGCAAGCUCAGGUGUCCCCUACGGAUAGGGCAGAGGCGGACGCCUGUUCCACCCGCGCGCUCGAAGGGUACUAUAACCACAGUGGCACCAGAGCGCUACCCCAGGGGUCUGCUGCUCACCCUCCCGGCUUGUAGCUACACGCGAACAUACCAGCGGCCUGUUGCCUUUUGCCCUCCCGACCUUGAAGAAAUGUGAUCGCCCGUUACUCAGACGGUAGAGAGAGAAGGUCACCGCGAUGGUUGCACAUUUGAACACUGAGCCCUUACUCUGCGUGGGGGUUGGCUACUCUAAGCCCAGCUGCCUUCCUAAUUCAUCAAGCCCUUUAAGAGUUUGGCUUCUGCUUUGGCGCAAGAUCCCCGCCCAAAUCUUUUCCUUUCCGACAGUCGGUCCUAAUCCAUCUGUCUCUUUCUGCCCUGUCCCUGCAGCUACUCGUCCUUCGUCCUUCGCCACAGAUCCUCUCCCUCCCUUGCUCUGGCCUCCCACUGUGAUUCUCAAAGGGCUAUGGUUCGGAGAUGCUACCAACCAAAUGUGCACAGUAAACAUCCCCAUGUAGUUGCUCCCUGUGGCUUCCUGGUGAGCGUCCACCAAGGGGGCGCAAGGCGAGAAAGCUGGGUGGGAGGGACCCAGUCUUGCCUCGGCCUGGGUUUGGCAACCCUAGCACUUGCGAAGUAGCGGGGAGGGCGGUGUUUCUCCGUAGGGAAGUGCGGAGGAAGCUGGGCGGGUAUGCGCGACGCCCCGUGUUCCAGCCAAGGAGAGCGCUCAGGUCUUGGGGCGGGGAGUGGGGGUUGCAGUGCCUUAGGGUUGGGAGGCGGGGCACUGAGCUGUGGCGGGAGCCUCCGGCGGGUGGCCCUCACUUGGCAAGGACCGGGACACCGUGCUGCGGCAAGGGGAGGUGGCUCCUGCCCUGCAUUGCGCGAUAGGCCUGAGUUGGGGGGCUCAGAGCUGCGGGUCGAGCGUUCAGCAGGGGGCGCUGCUCCGGGCGCUGGGCGGGGGUGGGGUGGGAGAGGAGGGGGGCAGCGGCUUGCUGCGCACACUUCCCCCAUUAUUAAACACUAUGUUCAAAAGGCGUCGGGGGACUUCCCGGAGCCACGGAGCCCGUGUCGCGCGACCGAACGGCCCACGGAGCCCAUGGACCUGAGCGCCGCCGCCGCGCUGUGUCUCUGGCUGCUGAGCGCCUGCCGUCCCCGCGACGGGCUGGAAGCUGCCGCGGUGCUCCGAGCGGCGGGGGCAGGACCAGCCUGGAGCCCCGGGGGUGGCGGCGGCGGGCGGACCCCCGUCCGGGCUCCGGGCCCUUCAGCUCUCCAGGCCGCCGCAGUUCCCGGGCCCCGCGCUGUGCGCCGCGCUGCGGGCUCUGGCUUCAGGAACGGCUCGGUGGUACCACACCACUUCAUGAUGUCGCUUUACCGGAGCCUGGCUGGGAGGGCUCCGGCCACGGCAGCCUCGGGGCACGGCCGCGCGGACACGAUCACUGGCUUCAUAGACCAAGCGACUCAAGAGGAAUCCGUGGCCCAGCCUGGCCAGAGCUUUCUAUUCGACGUGUCCGGCCUCCCUGAUGCCGACGAGCUGGUGAGUGCCGAGUUACGUGUGCUGCGCAAGAGGUCUCCGGAGCCAGACCUGGUCAGUGCGACCCUCCCUCCGCUGCUGCUGCUGUCCACCUGUCCCGACGCGACCCGCACACCUCUCCUACUGCACUCGCGGGCUGCCGAGCCCCUAGAAGUGGCGCGCUGGGAAGCAUUCGACGUGACCGACGCGGUGCAGAGCCACCGUCGCGAGCCGCGCGCCUCCCGCAAGUUCUGCCUGGUGCUGCGCGCGGUGGCCGGCUCCGGGAGCAGCCCGCUGUCCCUGCGGCGACUGGGCUUCGGGUGGCCGGGCGGCGGCGAUGGCCCCGCUGCGGAGGAGCGCGCGCUGUUGGUGAUCUCCUCCCGGACACAGAGGAAAGAGAGUCUGUUCCGGGAGAUCCGCGCCCAGGCCCGCGCGCUGCGGGCCGCCGCUGAGCCACCACCCGAUCCGGGACCAGGCGCUGGGUCUCGGAAAGCAAUCCCGGGCGGACGCAGGCGAAGGAGGACGGCUCUGGCGGGGACGCGGGGAGCGCAGGGCAGCGGUGGAGGUGGCGGCAAGGGCCACGGGCGCAGAGGCCGGAGUCGCUGCAGCCGCAAGUCUCUGCACGUGGACUUUAAGGAGCUGGGCUGGGACGACUGGAUCAUCGCGCCAUUAGACUACGAGGCGUAUCACUGCGAGGGCGUCUGUGACUUUCCGCUGCGCUCGCACCUGGAGCCCACCAACCACGCCAUCAUUCAGACGCUGCUCAACUCCAUGGCACCCGACGCGGCGCCAGCCUCCUGCUGCGUGCCCGCACGCCUCAGCCCCAUCAGCAUCCUAUACAUCGAUGCCUCCAACAAUGUGGUCUACAAGCAGUAUGAGGACAUGGUGGUGGAGGCCUGCGGCUGCAGGUAGCAUUCCUUCUGGGGAGGGCCUUGCUGCCCAGGACCCCAGCUGAAGAGCAGCCUCAUCCUGGCCUGUCACCAGGCCGGGAGGGAUAGUGGAAUAUGACCUCAGCCUGCGCAGAGGAGAGCACACAGUUCACACUCACAUUUACACACUCCUUCACUCGCGCACACAUUUACCAUGGACAGCAGGCGCGGAAAGCCUUGUGCGGACGCGACGACUGGAUGUCACAGUCAUGCUCAUAUAACAUCCAUACAAACUGCUGUCUCUUUUAGGAGAAGGGUGUCUGUGUUGAUGUUACGGUAAUUGGCACGAAGUCCAAGUAGAAACGGGUUAGCAUUGGAUUCUCCAUUUAUUUGGAGGCUGGGUGGCUGGAUUUCUGGCAAUGGACACCGAGUCCCCCUGCAGGGCUGUAAUACCCCGAUUCUCUGGACGUGUGCAUUGGGAAUCUUCAAAAAGUAAGGAACCACUGGGGGAAAAAAGCACCGAUCCCCUAAACAAGCCCGAUGUGGUGCUGUCUCAGUUUUGAAAAGAAAGCUUUAUCCAAAAGAAUGUGUUGUGCUGAAAAUGUCAAUACCGACUUAAAAAAAAAUUAGUUCCAAUUAGGAAUGAUCCGGGAAGUAGGAAGAAUAUUUUUCUCUUGGCGGUGUGUGAAAUGGCGGAAAGGAGUUCAGAACAGGAUCGGCCAGGUUUAGAAGCAUCUAGAAGGUGGUAGCAGGAGGAAGUUAGAGCAAUGGCUGGACAUGGGUUGCAGAGGCAGCUGGGGUGUGCCAAGAGGGUUUCCCAAGAGGCUGCAAAGGAGGCUCUGAGGGCUUGAGUGUCCUGGGGCAGCUCCAGGGGAGGAUCCAAGCCCACUGGCCCGGUGGGCACAGCCCCCUCCAAAAGGCCAUGUGUGCCUAUGCUUUGCUGGCCUAAGUAUGCCUUUCACUGUGUCUGUUGUGUACUUGUUGACAGUGUGACAGUGACAGGAAGUGAAGCCACACACACAUGCCUUUGUCAGCUCUAAGGGCACAGCCUGGACCUGCAGUGCAGGAGGAAAUUGGUCCUUGCUCCUAGACUGCGGUCCUUGGUGUGGGAUGAGCAGGUGCAAGCCUGUCUCCCAUCUCCAGAAUUUUUGCUCCACAGAGGUGUUUGAUUUCUUGGUGGCUGCCCAUCCUUUGAGAUCUCCUGUCAAUGGGUGGGAAAGAGAAAUAAUCUGGGCUACACACCUGUUGGAGGGCUUCCAGGACAGCUUAGACAUUAUGCUGUGUUUUCUCCUUUAGGCUGUGGGAGAGGUAUUAAUCCUGCCCUUGUCUUGGAUGCCAAGGUCCAGGACAGUUUAUGGGUAUUUUAGUUAUUAGUGGUUACACUACACUCCCCAGAGACAAUGAAGAUGAAGAUUUAGACCCAGCUAAUUUAUUUAAGAGGCCCAUCUGAGUCCUUUUCAUUUUGCAAAAUUUCCCCCCCAAGGGGAAAAUAAUCCAUGUAUAAUUUAUUCUUAAAACAUAGAUUUCUCUUCUUUUAGAAUGUGAACUUGUAUGGCUGUGAAUAGCUGUAACCAGAAAAUGCAACAAUUUCAGUUUUUUUUUUUUUUUAAAUCACUAAGUGGCUAUUCUUGAUAGAAUUUCAUCUCUUUUUGGUGACUGGGCAGAGACAUCUAUCCAGAUUUUGGACUCUGCAAGAUUCUCCCCUCUUCUGUUUUUUUUUUUUUUUUUGUUUUUUUGUUUUUUUGAGACAGGGUUUCUCUGUGUAGCUUUGCGCCUUUUCUGGAACUCACUCUGUAGCCCAGGCUGGCCUCAAACUCACAGAGAUCCGCCUGCCUCUACCUCCCGAAUGCUGGGAUUAAAGGCGUUCACCACCACCGCCCGGCCCCUCUUCUGUUUUAAAUGAUGGUUUUAAUAGUGAUUGCUUUGCAGUCAAAAUGGCAUGAUGUCAUAAUAAUAAAAAUGGCACUCAAAGUUGUAUUAGAAAAUUAUAAAAAGUUAAUGAAAAUUA